UGGGAAUGGAAACUGUGUAAGUCCGGAUAAAUGUGCAUGUAGUAAAGACUAUAGUGGUGACGAUUGCAGCACACCAAUGUGCAAUGGAGUAAACGCAUGUACCAAUCAUGGGAAGUGUAUCGCACCUGAUUUGUGUGAAUGUAUGGACGGCUAUACAGGAGAUGACUGUGGCAAGCCAAUCUGUGCCACUGUGAAUGAUUGUUCCAGUCAUGGCCAAUGCAUUUCACCAGAUCGGUGUCAAUGCGACGCUGGUUACUCAGAUAAAGAUUGUGCUACUCCUUUGUGUGAUAAAGUCAAUGGUUGUAAUAACAAUGGUGAAUGUGUGAGGCCGGAUGUUUGUUCAUGCCACAGUGGUUACACAGGUGAUGAUUGUUCAAUCCCAAGUACUCCAUUCACAUCAUCUACGGUGGAUGGUUUGAUAUCAUCGACAGUGUCACAUU